UAAUAGAUUUUUUUAAUCUUAUAAAAUUCGCUUCAAAAGCAAAGGCUAAUAUAGUUAUUAUUUUAUUUUUAGAUAAAUAACACAAAUGUUAAAAGUUUAUCAAUAUUGUUAAAAUUCUGCUACGGAAAAGAAUUUGAAAAUAUGGAUUUUAAUGAUAUUUCGUCGCAAGAUUAUGUGGAUCUGUUACUUAGAGAGGGUAGAAAAAUAAGAUGUGAUAAUACUAGUGAAGCUUUUAAAACACAAACAACACUACCUUCUUAUUACGACAAACGCUUAUUUAAAAGGGGUCAAAAAUUCAUAAAUAAGCAUUUAUAUGCCAUGGGUCUAUCUCAGACAUUUGGUCUGAUAUCUAUUUAUGCUAUUUCCUCCAUAAUAAAUGUUUUACGAACAACUACCAGGAAUAGCACUGCUUUAGCAAUGUACAAGCGGCAAAUUCCCGCUUUCUUUAUCAUGGAUGUUUUAUACACAUCUGAUUGUGAGCCAGGAUCAAAAUUCUGGAAAGCAAUAUCGUUUAUCAAACACAUGCACAACUCAUCCAGUAAAGGAAGUAUACGAGCAGAAUCGAAUCCAAUUAACCAGAAGGAUAUGGUUCUGUCUCAGUUUUUGUUCCUGGGAUUUCCUCUAGUGAGGGGUGAAAUGUGCGGAUUCCACGGAAUCACUAAAGAAGAACGAGAAGGCUUUAUUCAUUUUUGGAGAGUAAUUGGAUACUUAUUGGGGAUUGAAGAGAGAUUCAAUCUCUGCAGCUUCCCAACUCAUAAAGUAAUCGACAUAUGCGAUCUUCUAAUAGAUCAAACAUUCAGACCAGAAAUACAGAAAAAAUUACCAUUAAUGCUGGAAACAUCAAAUUAUGUAUGUACAGCUGUUUCAACAGUCAUACCAGAACUGACCACCAUAUUUGCCCUCAACCAUGUUUAUAACAUGGUACAGAAAAUGCGUACCAUCAAGAAAAUACCAGAUCCCAUUUAUUUGGAGACGAAUUUUAUUGUAGGAUUCUACUAUAAAUGUAUGGUUUUUAUGAUGGUUUACCUCAUGAGUUUUAGUAUUUUCCGAAGUAUUAAAAACGGAAUAUAUGUACUGAAUAUUUUGAUUUUGAGAACAUUUCCAAUAUUUUCAUUCUUUAAAUAUGGAAUCGCAGAUAGUUUUAUAAACUUCAGUAUGUUUUCUCAUCAAAAAUUAGCGCGAGCGGUGGAAGAAGCCGAGACAAAAUGUGUGCUUGAAUUCUAUCAGAAUUUAGGACAAAAUCCGACAAAUUCUGAAGAUAAUAAUUUAAGAUCUAUUCCCGGUGUUCAAGGCAACAGCAAUGUGGACAGCGAUGAUUUCCGCAAAGUUAUCAGGAAGCACAAAAGGAAAUUUGGUACUGGAGACGGGGACGAAAUGUUUUAUGGCAAAGAAGAAAAUAAAAACCGUAAAAUAUGGUUACACAUAUCCAAUAUUCCUGACUCUAUAACUGCAGAAGACCUUACGAUAUUUCUUCAGAAACAUGCAAACUCCACUGAUCCGCAAAUAAAAUCACUUCCCACCCUUAGUAAUAGAAAAGACAAUAAAUCGUUCAUGAAAAAUGGAGGUCAACCCCAAACCAGUAAAACCAAUGCAGCGAAAAGUGCUCAGCGAUUUAUCGAUAGCUUAUUAAAUGAAGGAAAGAAAACCUUUGUAGAAUCAAACGUUUGUAAAAAAUGUCAACUACCAACCUAUUACGAUGAAGCUCUUUACAAAAGGGGCCAGCAGUUUUUCUACAGGCAUAUUUUUGCGAUGUUAUUUGCCAAACUCAACGGACUUUUGGCAGUUUUAUCAAUGCCUACAAUUCUGAACAUUUUAGUACUAACACAGAAGUCGAGCAGUGACUUUACUGCUUAUAUAAGGUACAUAUCAACGAUUUUUCAUAUGGUGAUAUGGUAUAAAGAAGACCUAAAUCCUGGAUCAAAGUUAUGGGGGUCUAUACAGGAAGUCAACAAAAAACACACCGCUGCUAGUAAAAAAGGCUUGACAUAUGGUCUAUGUAGAAUAUCCCAAGCAGACAUGGCGUUUACACAGUUUGGAUUUAUGGGAUUCCAAGUAGCAAGGCCAGGAAUGGUUGGGUUGCACAACGUCACCGAAGAAGAAUGGAAAGCUUUCAUCCAUGUAUGGAGAGUAGUGGGAUAUUUAAUGGGAAUUGAAGAAAGAUUCAAUAUUUGCCGUGAAUCAGUUGAAGAAACCAAAGAAAUAUGCAACCUUUUAAUAGACAGAUCAUUUUUUCCUCAGGUCGAGAAAAGAGAUCGCACCUAUUUGAAAAUGAGUAGACAUCUGAUACAUGGUCUUUGGACAAUGAAUCCUAUACUAAGAUAUAAAGUAAUGAUGAACUACCUCUAUGAUUUACUUAAACCUGUAGAUGACAACAAUAACCAGAAAUUGUUGGAGAGCAAAGAACACAAGAAGUUAUUUGACAUGAGUCUCCUUCUGAGAUUUAGGUUUUGGAUUAUAGGAUUUGUUUUAACCAUAGUAUUGAAAUACAGUAUUUUUAGAAUAAUUUUUAAUUGGUUGGAGCAUUUGGCUCUGUGGUUGAUGGAAGUUUGUCCAUUUUUGGCUUACUAUAGUUUCGGUAAAGCUAACACCAUUGUUAAAAUAAAAGUUUAAGAAUAAAUUUAGUAUUUAUUA